UAAACAACAAUCACGUCCAGAAGAAAAAGCAAUCUCCAAAAUGGCCGACCUAGAAUCCCUCACCGCCUCCUCCCUCUUCACCCUCACCUCCUGGGUCUGCAUCGUAACCGGCGGCGGCUCCGGCCUAGGCCUCAUGACCGCCCGCGCCCUCGCCGCCAACGGAGCCCGCGUCUACAUCACCGGCCGACGAGCAGACAAACUCGCCUCCGCCGAACUCUCCUCCACACCCGCCGGAGGCUCCAUCCACGCCGUGUCCAUGGACUGCACCGACAAGGACUCCAUCAGCGCAGGCGUAGCCACCAUCGCAGCCAAGGAGAAGUACGUCAACUUGCUGGUCAACAACGCCGGGCAGACGAGCGUCAACUACGGGCCGAAGGGGAUGCCGACGGGGAGUGUAGAGGAGAUUUCCAAGGAGAUGAUGGGCAACCAGACGUUUGAGAACUGGACGGAUAUCUACAAGAUUAACGUUGCGAGUUAUUAUUUUACAGCGGCGGCGUUUUUGCCGUUGCUGGUGGCGGCGAGGGAGAAUGGUUUUGAGGAGGCGGGUUCAAUUUUGAACAUUUCAUCAAUCUCCGGAAUCACAAAGGAGUCGCAGAACGGACAGUUCAGCUACAACGCCUCGAAAGCAGCAACGAUUUCUUUGACGGAGCAGUUGGCUGUGGACUUCAAGAGGCCUGGGUUGGAAGUACGGGUCAACACCUUGGCCCCAGGCUACUUCCCCUCAGAAAUGACCCCCAUCGCCCGCGAAGACGGAAAAGACAAGGAAGUCCUCCGCGACCUCAAGGGCAGCUGGGGGAUCCCAUUCGGCAGAGCAGGUCGACCAAGAGACUACGCUCAAGCCGUGCUCAACUUUGCGACGAACGGAUAUAUCACUGGGAGCACGCUGGUCAUCGAUGGAGGAUGGUUGUUGGCUCAUGCUUAG